UUGGCUUUCGGCUUACCCUGAAGAGUCAGUCGCAUCAUGCGCUGCUUAAUAUCGGGACGGCUUACUCGGCAGUCACAGAGGAUGCCUACGGUAAGAAGUCAUUAACAAAGGUGAAUCAACCGAGUCAGAGCACGGGCACCUCCCGCCUGUAGCAUAAUGCCUGCCCCUGGCAUUGCCUGACGAAGGUAGGUGGUGUAUGUGGUAGGUAAUUAUGGUACGCCUGCGAUUUCCGCACCUCAAUUCCACCACCCGCCCUUGUCUACCUACCAAUACAAUGGAUGGAUGUGCAGAGUGCCCGCCUACGCCCGCAACCCACUCGUUUCCCGCGCCGUUACCCUAGACCCGGUAGAUGGGCCGUACGCCGCGGCCGCUACCGUACCUGGCCUUCGCACUCCAUCCAGUAUGGGGGCCGUCGGCUUCUUCCCCCCUUCCCGUUGUUGUCGGAACUCGGACUGGAGAACGCAGUCGCUGCUGCAUCAACCAACGCGUUGUUUCUGCAGGAGACGGCGAUAAAAGGCUGGAAACAGCACAUGCAAAGGCUGCAAGGGGUGCCAAGAUGGCUUGCACCACUCACAUGCUGUCUGUCGUCCCCCCACCGCACCCCGCAAAAGCAGCCCACACAUGUCCGUCUAGAAACACCAUCUGAUUGGAGGGGCUCUCCCUCAGCGGCUCCCGAGCAUCCAACAUCACCGGAACCCCUCCCCAAAGCUGUGCCUAACUCCAUGCCUACUUACUUUGGAGCCAACACCAGUCAAUGCUAGCAUUGCGACCCGAAUCCGUUGCUCCAUCUUCGCUCUUGACUACCUACUUCUUGACACCUUCAGUCCCCGUCACCAUGGCAGCCACGGAUGACGAC